AAAAAAAAAAAAAAAAAAAUUACUCCAAACCACUCAACACACACUUUUCAAAAGUCAAACAUUCCUCCCAAGAUUGGAGCUUGAAGCUUGUAAUAAUGGCAUCAAUGGCACAUUCAAUCAGUCACCAUUUAACCCGCAAAAACACCAUUCAACAACCAAAAACCCAUCAAUGUAUGAACCUCCGCAUCAUUUCUUGUCAACAACAUCAACCGCAACAACAACAACACAAUCACCAGCGAAAACAGCAGCAGCAGAACAAGCCUGAUGCCCAAAUUAAUCGGAGGGAAGUAAUUCUCAGAAGCAGUGAACUUGCUACAAUUGCAGCAAUCUUCCAUUUCAGUGGAACAAAACCAAGCUAUCUGGGUGUGCAAAAGAACCCACCUUCAUUGGCUUUAUGUCCCGCUACUAAAAACUGUCUUUCUACUUCUGAAAGUUCAUCUGACACUGCCCAUUAUGCCCCUCCUUGGAACUACAACCCUGAAGAUGGGAGAGGAAGCAAGAAUCCUGUUAGCAGAGAAGUAGCAAUGCAGGAGCUUCUUGCUGUUAUUGAAUCAACAAAACCAGAUAGAUUCACACCCAAGACUAUGGAGAAAAGAGAUGAUUAUGUGCGUGUGGAGUAUGAAAGUCCAAUAAUGGGGUUUGUUGACGAUGUUGAGUUCUGGUUUCCACCGGGAAAGAAGUCAAUUGUGCAGUAUCGUUCUGCAUCUCGUCUAGGGAGUUUUGAUUUCGAUGUGAAUCGAAAAAGAAUCAAGGCGUUGAGGCAAGGGCUGGAGAAGAAAGGAUGGGCUUCAGAAAAUACUUACUAAUUAUAGUUCAUGAAGUCUCAUUGUAAGUAGGAGAUUCCGUUAUUCCCAUAGUUUCUAAUCCAUUUCCUCCUACAAAUCAACAAUUAUUAUAGAACAAGAAAUGCCAAAGUGGAUUCUAACUAUUGAAAAGACAUAGCCAAAGAGGUGAAAACAUAUUUGUUUGUA